GGUUUCCAUUUUUUCGCUCAAGUCCGCCAAAAAGCGAAGAGAGGGUUUUGCGACAAACUGCUCCCAGCAAAUUUGUCAUUUUUUGUUUUUUCUAAUUUCAAAUUCACCCACGAAUCACGCCAUGGUUGAAGAAGCAGCUUCGGCAUCGGAAGCUUCCGUGACGGAGGCUGUACCAACCCUAACCGAGCCUGUGAUCCAAACCCUAGAACCCAACCAAGCCUCAAUCGAAGCCACCGUUGAAUCGGCUGUUCAGGGAGGCACUGAGUCCACCUGUAACAACAACAACAACAACGCCGCCGAUAGUGCUGCCACUGAUGUUUGUGAUGUGGAGCGCGAGAAGACGAUUGAGUUCGCCGAUGAGUUGACGGAGAAAGGCUCUGUGUUUUUGAAAGAGCAAGAUUUCGGUGAAGCCGUCGAUUGCUUCAGCCGUGCCCUUGAGAUCAGGGUUGAACACUAUGGUGAACUUGAUGCUGAGUGUGUGAACGCAUACUAUCGCUAUGGAUCAGCUCUUCUGGAAAAGGCUCAAGCUGAAGCUGAUCCCCUUGGCAACGUGCCUAAGAAAGAAGGUGAAGUUCAGCAAGAGUCCAGCAGUAAAGAUGAUUCUGUGAAGAACACUGUGAAUGGUGAAUCGUUGGCCGCAUCUGUUGUCUCAAGUAACCCGGAGAGACAAGGGAGUUCAAGUGGGCAAGAAGGUGCUGGUGGUAUAGAGCAAGGAGAGGAUGGUGAAAAUUGUCAUGAUGAUGACCUAUCCGAUGCUGAUGGUGAUGAAGAUGAUUCUGAUUUGGAUAUGGCCUGGAAAAUGCUGGAUAUUGCAAGGGCUAUUACUGACAAACAGUCUGCUGAUACAAUGGUAAAAGUGGAUAUACUCUGUGCGCUUGCUGAAAUUUCCUUGGAGAGAGAGGACAUUGAGUCUUCCCUGAGUGACUACAAGAAAGCAUUGUCCAUCUUAGAGCGUCUGGUUGAACCUGACAGUCGACACACAGCCGAAUUAAACUUCCGUAUUUGCAUUUGUCUAGAGACUGGAUGUCAGCCAAAAGAAGCAAUGCCAUACUGUCAGAAGGCUAUGUUAAUUUGCAAAGCACGGAUGGAGAGGCUCAGUAACGAGAUCAAAGGUGCAUCUGGAUCAGCAACUUCCUCAACCGUCUCUGAAAUAGAUGAAGGCAUCCAACAGUCAUCCAAUGUUCCCUACAUUGAUAAAUCUACUUCAGACAAAGAAGCUGAGAUCGAAGUCAUGGCUGGUCUCGCUGAAGAUCUAGAAAAGAAGCUUGAGGAUUUGAAACAACAAGCAGAGAACCCAAAGCAAGUUCUUGCUGAGCUAAUGGGGAUGGUAUCGGCUAAGGCUAGUGAAAAGGCUAGUGAAGAGGCUGUUCCUGCUGCUGCUGAAAUGAGCUCUUCUAGGAUGGGAACUGCGAAUACCAAUUUCGGGAAAGAUUUAGAGUCACCUACGGUCUCAACUGCUCACACCGGUGCGGCAGCAGGAGGAGGAGCAUCAUCAGGUGUAACUCAUUUGGGUGUAGUUGGAAGAGGAGUGAAAAGAGUUCUGAUGAAUGCAACCUCCAUAGAAUCAAGUGCAUCAAAGAAACCAGCUACUGGGCCAUCAGACAAAGCAGAUGGAAACUCUUCUUGAAGGUGAAGGAAAAGGUAUAGAAAUUUCUAGUACUACUGAAGUUUUAAUCGAAGAAAUCUGAGAAAAAAACAUUAGGGAAUCCUCCUCAUGAAUGUUUUUCCAAUACUAGAUUUUCAAGUUCUUUCACUGUAAUGGGGUCCGUACUUGCCAACUUUUUUAAUCGCUGGAGAGCUUUGGUUUCCUUACUUCUUGUUACGGAAUCUUAUUGGCACAAUAUCUGAUAAUCAUCUGCUGAGGUGUGUAUGUGUCACUUCACUUCACUGGA